AUGAGCAGCACCAACCAUUCCAGUGUCUCAGUGUUCCUCCUCCUGGGACUCUCCAGUCAGCCCCAGCAGCAGCAGCUCCUCUUCCUGCUCUUCCUCACUAUGUACCUGGCCACUGUCCUGGGAAACCUGAUCAUCAUCCUGGCCAUCAGUAUAGACUCCCACCUGCACACCCCCAUGUACUUCUUCCUCAGCAAUCUGUCCUUUGUGGAUGUCUGCUUCUCCUCCUCCACUGUCCCUAAAGUACUGGCCAACCAUAUACUUGGGAGUCAGGAAAUUUCCUUCUCUGGGUGUCUCACACAGAUGUAUUUUCUCUCUGUGUUUGCUGAUAUGGACAAUUUUCUGCUGGCUGUGAUGGCCUAUGACCGAUUUGUGGCCAUAUGCCACCCUUUACACUACACAGAAAAGAUGACCCGUCAGCUCUGUGCCCUUCUUGUUGUUGAGUCAUGGGUGGCUGCCAAUCUGAAUGCUCUUUUACAUACACUGCUCAUGGCUCGACUUUCUUUCUGUGGGGACAACAUCAUCCCCCACUUCUUCUGUGAUGCAACUCCUCUCCUGAAACUCUCCUGCUCAGACACACACCUCAAUGAGCUGAUGAUUCUUACUGUUGCAGGGCUGAUACUGUUAGCCCCAUUUGUUUGUAUCCUCAUGUCUUAUAUUCUUAUAGCUUGUGCUGUUGUGAGAGUUUCCUCCACAGGAGGAAGAUGGAAAGCCUUCUCCACCUGUGGCUCCCACCUGACUGUGGUUUGCCUCUUCUAUGGCACCAUCAUCGCUGUGUAUUUCAACCCCGCAUCCUCUCAUUCAGCUGGGAGGGACAUGGCAUCUGCCAUGAUGUACACAGUGGUGACCCCCAUGCUGAACCCGUUCAUCUACAGCCUGAGGAACAGGGACAUGAAAGGUGCUUUAAGGAAAGUGCUCACCAUGAGAUUUCCAUCUAAGCAGUAA